AUGGGCCGUUUGGACAGACUUGAGCUUGAAAAUUUCAAAUCUUAUAAGGGACACCAAACCAUUGGCCCUUUUCACAAUUUCACGUCAGUGAUCGGCCCAAAUGGUGCAGGAAAAUCCAAUCUUAUGGAUGCUAUUUCAUUUGUUUUGGGAAUUAAAUCUGCACAAUUACGUUCUUCACAGCUUCGAGAUCUAAUAUAUCGAGCUCUUGAAUGGCGUGCAAAUAACCCAAAGCGAGCAUGGGUUAUGGCCGUGUACAAAGAUGAUAAUGGAAACGAAAUAAAAUUUCAUAGAAGCAUAACAUCGACUGGAACAAGUGAAUACAGAAUUGAUAACAAGGUUGUUACCUAUGCAAAGUAUAACCAAGCCUUAGAACAACAAAAUAUAUUGGUAAAAGCGAGAAACUUUCUUGUAUUUCAAGGUGAUGUAGAGGCUAUCGCAUCACAAUCCCCAAAAGAUUUAACUAGAUUGAUCGAACAAAUCAGCGGAUCAUUGGAAUUAAAGGCUGAUUAUGAACAGCUAAAAAUUCAACAAGAGCGAGCAACUGAAAAUUCAACAUUUAAUUUUAACAAAAAGCGCGGGAUAAAUCAAGAUAUACAAGAAUAUCAGAGGCAAAAGGCUCAGGCACAGCAAUUUGAAAAGCUACAGAAUGAAAGAACGCGAAUUUCAGUGGAUUAUCUUUUAUGGAAGCUCUAUCAUAUACAAGAAAAUAUUGAUGAGUGUCGUGAGCAGAUAGAUGGUCAUAAUGAUGUUAUUAAAGAAAAACAGCAAGCACAGAAAAAAUAUGACGCAGAUCACAAACAGGCUCGAAUGGAACAAGCAGAAAUUCACAAAAAACUUUAUAGGGUGGAAAAAGAAAUUCAAUUAAAAGAAAAAGAAUUGGAAGAAAAGCGCCCAGUACUAUUAACGGUGAAUGAGAAAAUUACCUAUUCUAAUAGAAAAUUAACACAAUUAGAUGAAAAUGCUGAGAGAAUUCGAAAAGAUUAUGAUCGUCAGUCGAAACGGGUAGAAGAAUUACAAUUAGAAUUAGAAAAUGUGACGAGGGCUGCAGAUGAUUACGAAGGCAUAUUAUCACCGUCAUCAUUAAAUGCUGAAAGUAGUAGUAAUAAGAGAAGCACAAUGCUCAGCGCAGAUGAACUCGCAGAAUACAAUAGACUACGAGAACAAGCUAACAAGCAAACAGUAUACGGAAAGCAACAAUUAGAAAAUCUCCGCAGACAAGAAAAGACAUGCCGUGAAUCUACCCAACGAUUAAAAGAGAAGAUGGAAGAUCUAGAUAGACGUCGAAAUCAAUUAGAGGAGGAGAAAUCUGCGCUAACAGAUCAUAAAGAAAAAGUAUCCGCUAAUGUAAUGCAGUUGCGAUCUGAUAUUGAUAAUGCUAAAAAAGAACUUAAUGCUGCUGUUACAGAACGCGAAUCUAUUAGUCAACAAGAAAUUCGACUAAAUCGUGAAUUACAAGAAAUACUCAAUCAACUUACUGUGGCAAGUGUAGAUCAGAGAGAAUCGGAACGAGAACAAAAAAUGAAAGAAUGUAUAGAAAGCUUGAAAAGAGUAUUUUCUGGUGUACAUGGGCGUCUUCUUGAUUUAUUUUCUCCUACUCAGAGAAAAUAUGCAGUGCCUGUCUCUAUUAUUCUUGGAAGGAACUUGGACGCAAUUAUUGUUGAUCAACAAAAAAUUGCUAUUGAAUGCAUACAGUACAUGAGAGAACAGCGUCUUGGUCAUGCUACAUUUAUUCCACUUGAUACAAUUGUUGUUAAAUCAAUAAAUGACAAAUAUCGAAGCAUCAUGAAAGGUGCAAGAUUAGCAAUAGACGUUAUUACCUACAAUGAUAAACUUGAACGUGCAUUUCAAUAUGCCUGUGGUAAUACUCUAGUGUGUGAUACACUAGAGAUUGCUAAACAUAUAUGUUACGAAAAAAACCAGCAAGUCAAAGCUGUCACUCUCGAUGGUACUAUUAUUCAUAAAAGUGGAUUAAUCACUGGUGGCCAUAGUGAUGAUAUUCUUUCUGGCGCAAAACGGGUAACAGAAAAAAGACGCGCAGAUACUAUGGAUGCAUUAAGAGCUCAGAGAGAUGAUCUUAUGUCAAAAUUGAACAAUCUCAGUAAGUCAAAGCGAAGAGGAAAUUUUGAAGAACAAAAAAAAAGUGAAAUUUCUGGCUUAGAAUCAAGGCUGGAAUUUGCUCAACAGGAUUUGGCAAUAUCCACAACAAAACUAGCAUCCAUCAAUGAUGAAUUGGCCGUUAUUUCAAAUGAAGUUUCACAACUUUUACCAAUUUUAGAAGAGUCUCAAAACGAACUUGUGGUUCUUGAUACACAAGUUAAUCAAUGUGAGAAUAAUAUAAACGAGAAAGAAGAUGCUAUUUUUCGAGAAUUUUGUCGGAAGAUCGGAGCUUCUAAUAUUAGAGACUAUGAACAACGUCGAUUAAAAAUGGCUCAGGAGAUUGCUGAAAAAAGAUUAAAAUUUACAACUCAAAAAUCGAGGCUUCAAAAUCAAUUGAAAUUCGAAACUGAACAAAAAUCAGAAACAGAGGAUCGAUUAAAUAGACUAGAAUCAACUAUUCGAGAUGAAGCGGAUAGGCUCUCUCAGCUCGAAGACGAAAAAAAACGAUUGUUAGAAGAGAAGAGACGUAUUUCCGAUGAGAUUUCUGAAAAACAGAGGAUACUUAGUGAGAUAAAAAGUGAAUAUGAUGUUAAGACUGCUGCAGUCACUUCUUCAAAGCGACUGCUAGUACAAGUCACUAAAGAAAUUGACAAAUUGAUGAAAGAAAUUGUUAAUAUGGAAUCGGACAUUGAAAAGCUGGAAGCUGAUCGAUUUUCGAUAUUUCGUAAAUGUAAAUUAGAAGAAAUAGACUUACCACUCUUGAGAGGAUCUCUUGAUAAUGUCUUGGAAGAUUCGGUUUGUUAUAAUAGUAGUAUUAAUUUAUUUAAUCGAGCAGGACCAAGUACAACUGGCGCCUCUAAAAUCGAUGUAGACUUUGAUUCUUUGAGCGAGUAUCUUAAGGAGAAUGAUGAGGCAGAAAUUGCAAAAGAUUUUGAGAAAAAGCUUGACGAAAAAACUGCGAAAAUGGAAGAAAUUGCACCAAGCUUGAAAGCCAUCGAAAGGUUGGAUGGUAUAGAACAACGCUUACGAGAAACAGAAAAUGAAUUUGAUAGUGCAAGACGAGAAGCUAAAUCAGCCAAGGAGAGGUUCAAUGCUGUUAAACAAAAAAGUUUCCCGUUGGGAGGGACAGCGUAUCUUAGUUUGGAGGAUACUGAGGAGCCGUACUUGGAUGGUGUGAAAUAUCAUGCAAUGCCUCCAAUGAAGCGCUUUCGAGAUAUGGAACAGCUGUCAGGUGGUGAAAAAACAAUGGCAGCUUAUCAACCAUCGCCUUUCUUUGUUCUUGAUGAAGUUGACGCUGCAUUGGAUAACACUAAUGUUGGCAAAAUUGCAAAUUAUAUUCGGGAACACGCCUCAGACACAUUUCAAUUUGUUGUCAUUUCUCUCAAGAGCACUUUAUAUGAAAAGGCACAGGCACUUGUUGGAAUUUAUAGAGAUCAAGAUGUAAAUAGUAGCAAGACAUUGACUUUGCAUGUUGAUAAAUUUUCAGGGGUUUUAUAA